UGAUAUCGCAUUGCAGUGAGCAGCGUUCCGACAUCUCUCUCUCUCUCUCUCUCUAUCAAUCUUCAGUGCAGACCACGAUAUUUCAAUUUUUUUUCUAUUUCUUAUCAAUUACCACUACAUUUAACUAUUAUCUCGCCUUUGCAUACUGCAGCAAGCACCUUUGCACUUUGCGUCAUAUUUGUUAUCGCUUUUGCCGUUUUUUUUUAUUUAUUUAUUUUUUUUUUUCACGCAUAUACUCUCAGCUUCGCUCAUUUCUUUUGUGUUGCAUAAGUAUAUAAUCGCCAAGACAAGCUCGCUUUCUGCCGACGCUACUACUCUGAAACGCAAAGAACGAUCGAUGUACAUCGACAAAAAAAGACGCUUCUGUAUACUGUGUGUCUCACUCUGUGUGUUCAAGUGUCUUGUUUACGUCUUCUCAGGAUAUAUUCCGUCCGUCGAACGAAGCAUCCAUCGCAUCGCACAUAAAACAGAGGACCCCAACAAGACGGUCGAGGGCAUCGAGGAGAAGAUCGAGCCGUAUAUGCUCCCUCUUGAAGAAAUAUUAUUCGCUCCGAUCGAGGGAAAAAGAGAGACAACACCGGACGAAGCGCCGCAGAUCGAGGACGAGUCAGCGCCAGUGCCCGAGCCCGAGCCCAGCGAACCGGUCGAGCUGUACCCGGAGAAGCCGCGCGACGAGAACAGCGAGCCUCUGCCCAAGAGCGACCUCACCGACGAGCAGAUCGCCCAGCUGAUCCUCGAGGAGGAGGAGGUGCUCAACGAGCAGGGCGUCUUGGGCGUGAACUUCAAGAAGCUGCGCCCGCGCGCCCCGCUCCUCAAGGAGUCCAAGGUCUUCCAGGUGCUCCAGCAGGAGGCCAGCUCGGAGCCGGCGCAGCUGCAGGAGCUCAAGCGGCAGACGACCUUCCUGCAGAAGCCCGAGCGCCCGGUGCCCAAGCCCAGGCGGCUCUCCCAGUCGGAGGAGGCCGAGCCCGAGGUCGAGCCCUACCGGGUGCUCAUCAGGAAGCAGCCGAGGAAGAGCGUGACCGAGCGCCUGCUGGAGCGGGGCCUCCUGGACCCGUCCCGCGCGAACACGCCCGAGAAAGCAACACCGCCGACCACACCGGAGCCCAGGAGAGAAGCCCAAGGAUCGGAGGUUGGCGACUCGCGACCCCAGUCACAGGCCGAAGUCAUCGAGAUCGUUGAGUCGACGGAGGAGGACAAGGAGCAAUCGGUGCAGGAACCGGAGCCGCGAGUCGAGGAGCCAGCUGAGGAGGAGUCGGCGCAGGUGCUGAUCCGACGGCCGUCGGCAGCGUUGCAGGACGUCGACGUCGAGGUCGCGGUCACGAUGGACCGGGACAAGAUCAAAGAGCUGGUCACCACCGAGAUCAGCCUCGAGCGUCAGCUCGAGAGCGUCCAGAGCCAGCUGAUGGCUCUUAAACAGCUGCCCAGCGAGAUCGAGAAGCAUCUGAAGAUCGUCUCCGAGCAGCUGCACAAGAUCAUGGAGCUGAGCGGCGUCGAGGCGCAGGAGGCGGCUCAGACCAAGGAGGCGGAAGAGGAACAGCGCGAGGAGGAGGAGGAGGAGGAGGAGGAGGAGAAACGGAGGAGAGAAGCCGAGGAGGAGAGAAAACACGAGGACGAGGAGCCGGCCUCGCUCGCCUCGCAGGACGAGUCCUCGAGCUGGGCGCCACAUCUGAUCUCGACCGAGGACACCUGGACCGACCUCAAGGAGCUCGAGAUAUCCGUCAAGAGCAACGAGGACGACGGCAAGCGCGUGAAGAAGUACAUCGUCACCUACGAGUCCAAGCUCGUCCAGGAGAUGGACAGCUCCAGGAGCGCCAGUCCGGCGCUGUCUCAGAAGAGCUUCGAACCGGACCCAAAGCUGACGCUGCAAGACCAGCUGGUUCAAGAACUGAAGCACAGGAAAGGGAGAAAGCCGGCGCGCGAUCUGUGGCAGCCGCAGGCUAGGCAGCUCGAGCUCACUUACGGGCGCAAAUGGAGGUGUCCGAACGAUUUCUUCAACGACGAGAUGAUCGCCGACGUGCUGUCCUCUCAGGCCGAAGUCAUCCGCGGAAGGGCACUGGGGGUGAACUUUAAGAAAUUCGAGAAGACGGCCUUGCCCAACUACGACCACCUGAUGAAUUCGAGCGUCUACAAGAUGAUUCACAAGAUGGAAGCCGAGCCGAAGAAAGGCAUUCCCGCCAGGCCGCCAAAGGUCAUCGCCGCCGAGGACAUCGUCGAGAGGGUGAACACUCCGGUCUGCUGCAUGGCGGACGACAGGAGCGUGAGAAGUGGGGCCAGUCACUGAGGAGCUUUAUAGGUCGCCGCGAGCUCGUCCCUUUUUAUCGAGCGAUGCGCUAUCGAUAGUCAGGAGACGAAAAAUCGCCGAGCCAUGAUUGCGCGCUGCGAGAGGAGCUGCUCUGCUGAAAUUUUUAUUCUUUUUUUUUUCGGACACACACACACACACACACGAUGCCGAGAGCCACGUUGUUGUACUUACACUUAAUUUUUAAGAGAGAAAAAGUGACACACACACACCUACACAGGCGCUUACGGUGCACAUCUCUGUAUGUAAAAAAAAAAAAAAAAAAAAAAAAAAAAAAAAC